AUGUCAUCAAAGGCUAGAUACUACUUGGAACAAUGUAUUCCGGAGAUGGAUGACCUGAUUGAAAAGGGUUUAUUCACUAAAAAUGAGGUUUCUUUAAUAAUGAAGAAAAGAACUGAUUUCGAACAUCGCUUGAACUCUAGAGGUUCUAGCAUUGAUGACUACAUCAGAUAUAUUACCUAUGAAGGAAGCGUUGACAAGUUACGUCUGAAACGUGUCAAGAGGAUUUUACAAUCCUCUAGAUCUAAUAGUUUGUCAGAUUUCUCCAUGCAACAAAGAAUAACGUUCAUAUACCAAAGAGGUACGAAUAAAUUUCCAAGUGAUCUGAAAUUUUGGGCCAUGUAUCUAAAUUAUAUGAAAACCAGAGGCUCACAAACGUCCUAUAAGAAGAUUCACAGUAUCUACAAUGAAUUAUUAAAAUUGCAUCCAAAUAAUGUGGAUGUCUGGAUUAGUUGCGCUAAAUAUGAGUAUGAAAUUCAUGCAAACUUCAAAAGUUGUAGAACAGUAUUCCAAAAUGGUCUUAGAUUUAACCCAGACUCUCCUAAACUGUGGUACGAAUAUGUCAAAUUUGAAUUGAAUUUCAUAACAAAGUUAAUUAAUAGAAGAAAAGUGAUGGGACUAAUUAAUGAGAGAGAGCAACAGUUGGAUAUGUUAAAACAACAGGAAGAAAAUGUAGAUGAUGAUGACUCCGCUAUUAAAACUUCAUUUACCGGUGAUUAUAUGAAAGAUAAACUGAAUGAACUACCAGAAGCUGACAUGAAUAUGUUAGGCUCGGUAGAAACUAAUCCUGCAUUACGUGGUGACGUUGCUCUAACGAUAUAUGACAUAGCAAUGAGAACACUGGGAAAACAUUACAUCAACAAGCACAAGGGCUACUACCCUGUUUCUGAUGGAAAGAUAGAUAAAGAAUUAAACAAAGAUACAGUCAAGUACUUGUUUGAAAAAACGAAUGAAUAUUUGAGCUUGUUUGGCGAGUUUAAAGAUUUAGAAAGACCAUACUUGAUAAAUCACGUUUUACAAUUUUGGAAAAAUGAUUUUAAUAACGUAUCCUUACAAGAAGAUUUGCCUGAACUUUAUGCGCAAACAAUAUUGAUGGAUGUUAUUUUGAAUAUAAGAUACAUGGAAUUGGCUCAAUUAGACAUUGACACAUUACAACUUGCAGUCAAGAAAUAUUUUGCCUAUAAGGCUAAAUUGGGUGACGUGGUAAUGAAGUCAAUACAAUCUAAAUUCAAAGAGUUCUUACAGGAUACAUAUUUGAAUAACAUGGAUCCAGAAAAUGAUGAAAGAUACAAUAUUUUAGGUAUGAUUGUAAAAAAAUUAUAA